GGGAAGUGAGUUGCUGUGGUAAGCAGAUUAAUAUCAGAAACAGAAAAGAAGAAGCAGUUUAUACAAGCCAUCAGUGCAGUUCUCACACUUACACACUUUAGUCAAACUUCAGUGGUAAAAAUAUUUUGAGUUUGUCUUUAAAGAGGAGUCUGAGAUGACUUUGGACGAUGAGAACCAACCUGAUGCUUCAUCCAGGGAAAAAAAACUCUACCGACUGGUUGUUGUGAGUUUUGGACUCCUGUGUGUCCUACAAGCUGCUCUCAAUAUUUCCCUGCGUCUCGCUCUCUAUAAUUCUGAAAGUAAGACAACAGGUAUUGAGGCAGGAUGCAAAAACCUGACUGAAGAAAGGGAUGAGUUGAAGAAGAAUCUGACUGACUUUGCUUUACAGCUGAAUUCCCUGACUGGAGAGAGAGACGAGCUGAAGAGGGAACUGAAUGUUUGUGUUCACUAUUACCAACAAGAAUGGGUGGAUUUCAAUGAUAGUGUCUAUUACAUUUCUUCAAUCAAGAAAACCUGGAAUGCCAGUAGAGAUGACUGUCUGAAAAAAGGUGCUGACCUGAUGAUUAUCAACAGCGAAGAAGAGCAGAAUUUCACAAGACAAUUGAAGGAUAACAUGUGGAUUGGACUGACUGACAGUGAGACAGAGGGGACGUGGAAAUGGGUUGAUGGGACUCCACUGACCACAAGCUACUGGAUGGAUGGUGAGCCUUACAACUAUGACCUUAAAGAAGAAGACUGUGUAGAAGUAAAACAACAUGAAAAGAAAAACAGCUGGAAUGAUAAACCAUGUGAUCUUCCAAACUUCUGGAUCUGUGAAAAGAAAGUGUCUCUGUAACUCAGCAUCCAAACUCACCAGAUGUCUGUACAUCUUUUUCUUUUUGCUUUGGCGCUGCAUCCACACAAAGUCAUUACAAUGAAAAAAUAAUGAAUACCUGCUCAGGUUGCAACUGCCUCGCUUCCCCCUCCACUUCCAAGUGUAAAAAAAGCGAACGCUGCUAUCUAGAGCCAGUGUUUGGUUUGUCCGUUCUGGUCCAUCGUAGAAACAUGGUGGUUCAACAUGGCGGACUCUAUAGAAGGCGACCAGCGGCUAUAUUCAGGUGAAACUAAUGAAAACAUACCUAUGAAUAUUACAUGCCAUUUUUGACAUUAGAUGUUUCUAAAUGUUAAACAACCUUUAAAGGACAGAUUUAAUAUACCAUACUUAUACAGCAAUGUUCUCAUGAAAAUAAUGAGAAUAUUUAUUUUUUGGUGAAUUUCAAACUGAGAAAUGGUGCAUCUCUCGACUUUAUUGAUUUUACUAUAUUACAGUACUAUAAUGGCAAUUUAAAUCAAACUAUUUGUGCUUCCAAAUCUGCCUGCAAAUGUGUGUGCGUGUUACACCAUGUUCUUACCGUCUAAAGCGUCAACUUCUGUGUGAACUCACUUCUUUGUCGAGUUGGUAUCUAUAGCUUAGUUUCAAACCCCGACCACAUACAGUAACGAGCAGAGGCAGGGAAGGAAAUAUUCACAGACAAUGCAAAAAAUGAUCAUCAAAGUUUGAACUGCAUUUAGAUUGAAGAUUUAAGAGACAUUGUUGUGAAUAUGAUAAACAUACUUCUUUUAUUAAAUUAAAUAGUUUCAUAAUUUUUUUGUCAAUCACAUUCAGAAAUUCCAGUUUUACUCUUAAGAUGUAAUCAAACUUUACAUGGUAUAGGAAGCAUAAGUGUAUUUUGGUACCUCAACUGUGUCAAUAGUGACCACAUAUUCUCACUUCUGAAGGAAAUGCUUUUAAUGUCAACUGUACUUACAGUUCUGUACUUGCAGCCAAGAUUAUUUUAAACAAAUAUGUAUGUCUUAAUAAAGUCACAUUUUAAGGUGACAAGCCUACGUGUAGUACACAGAACCUAAACCAGAUCUUAAAAUCAAGUAGUACACUCUCUUUAAUCCGGCUGAAUGUAAUAGAUUACAUUACAGUCCCAGCACAUACGGUAAUGAUUGGCAUUCACAGAACAGCACUGUCUCCAGUAUAGAGUCCACUAUAAAAUGUUUUCAUUUGAGCUGGUGUAAUAAAAACACAUCACAUUCAUCCAGCAGAGUUUUCUCCACAUGAGAGAGGUCGUUGUUGCCACUGGGUAGUGCAUACAGAUAUAACUUAAACUGUGAAUAAGUUAUUUUGAAAUUAAACUCAUACAGACUGGCUUGCAUGUGAGUCUGAUGUUUUGUGGCGUUUUUUGCAGUCACGCUCGUGGUGGGUUGUUUAAAGAUUAGAGCUCAAGAGAAUCUUAUCUUUUUCUCUGAACCACAGCAGUGGGUCCACAGCUCUUGUGUGUCUGUAUGUAUCUGCAUGUGUGCACAGAUAAAUUCUCCAUCUCUACUAGCACAGUCUCCUGUAUUUAAAGAUGCAGAGCAGAUUGAACCUCACUUUUUGAGCCUGGUUCGUCUUCCUCCUCUUUUACACAUUAGCCUCCAGCAGUCAAUAAAGUAUGCAUAUGUUUUAUCAGCAUAACCCAGCACACUUCCUGUGAGAUGAUGUUUGAAAAAAUUUGUAAAGUGUGUAAAGGCCUUUAUGAAAAAUUGUUUGAAUCAAGGAAGGAAAAUCGCUCACUUUAAAAUAAGGAAGAACAAGAGAAGCUGGCUGUGUAAGCAACAAAAGAAGAAGCAGUUCAUAGAUUGUCACCAGUCUGAGAAGAAACCACCUUUAAAACUUUGAUCACGCUCCGCAGAUAAAAUAUGUUUGUCUAUAAAGAGGAAUCAGAGAUCACUAUUGAAUUUGGAAACAUCCCUGAUGCUUCAGCCAGGAGAGUUGCUUUGAAGAGUUACUCUGGUGAAGGUGGUGAAUUCUUACAUUGUUGUUUUAACAAUAAAAGUAAAACAAAUAAAAACAUUUAUCUUCCAUUAAA